AUGACCUUGUGGCAUUCGUUCACUGCGUCUCUCGAUCAAUACCCUACCCGAGGAGCGAGGAGGAGAUGCAGACUGAAAAACGUUUUUGACAUUGCCCAGCAGCGAUGUGGGCGGAGUCUCAGGGGGUGCUGUCUCCAUUUCAUUCCACCAUCGGAAAGCUGCGAGGAUGAGUGGUUCUCAUAUACACAGACCGACGAGUUCAACAGACCAGGCCGCAGUCCAGGAGCCGGUGGUGCUUACUAUGAGCCAGGCAACAUCGAUGUAAGUCACUUUCAUUCUUCAAUAACGAUAAAUGUGCUCAAAGCUAUUAGAAAAAUAAUUAUAUUCAAUUCGGAAGUUAGCAGAUUUUCAAAAUUUCCAAUUCAGAACAUCCCCCUCGCCGAUGAACCUCUGUUAUCACCUGGUCAGGGGCUGGAGUUCGACCUAGCCGGCCCUAUUGAUGAUUAUGGUUACGACCAGCUGGGGUUAACACCGAAUGGAGGACCGAAUGGGCAUCAUCAGCAGCCUGGGACCAGCAACGAUAUGUAUCAGAGUAUGAACAUCGUGCCAAGCGCCGACAAUUUUGCUCAACAUAUGCAACCGUCCACAAGUGAUGAAUACAACUCGUUCGAAAUGCCAACGGUGAUAAGCGGAAAUAUGGAUUCUAAUUCAUAUCAGGACCUCGGAAUAGUGGAUCCGAAUUCAUACUACGCUAAUCAACAGCCGUCAACUUCGCAAGGAAACGGGAUGCUGAUGACAGAUAGCUAUGAUAUGGUGGGACCAUCAACAUCGUAUGCGCCACAAAUGGAUCAUAUGGAUCCAUCUUCGGUCGGGAACCCAUCGUCACAUUCUGGAAUGAAUCAGCAACAACAUCAGAGUAUGAACAGUGGUCAACAAAUGCAGCAGCCGCCACCACCGCCAAAACCCAAGCCUAAAAAAAAAGCGCCACCCAAGAAGAAACCGCAGCCUCCUGCAGAAACAACGGUUGGUAGUCUUCUCACAAAAGCUAACAAACUAUCACAACAGGAAAACAACAACGAAAAUCAAGCUGUGAAAGUUGAAGCACGAGUGACAACAGAAGAUAUGAUGAUUAUAAGUCAGCUGAUGGCUGAGAUCAACACUUUGAGGAAUAAAGAGCAAAACGGUUAUGACCACAAAGAAGGCAUCGCUACCCUUGAAGCCCAAAUCGCCCAUCUUUUUUCCAAAGGUCUGACACAAUCUUCAUCGAAUGAUUCGGCGGAGAACACUAUUCUCAAACAAAUCCAGAGUUUGUCUGGAAACGGUGCUCCUUCUACACAGCAGCAACCACAACAACAACAGCAGCAGCUUCCACCGCCUCCACCACAGUCUAAGAAGCCGGCGUCAAAAAAGAAGCCAACUCCAAGGCCCGUUCAACAACAGAUGCAACAUCCACCCCAGCAACAACAAUCGCCGAUGAUUGCGCAAGCUCAAAUGACCCCCUCUAAAAUAAUGAUGGAACCUCCAAGCACGACAAUGGUACCGAGUAAUAACCAGAUGAAUCAGAUGUAUAAUGGUAACGGAUCGGAAAAUUAUGCAGUGUAUCAGUCGAUGGAACCCGGAACGAGUCAGCAGCAGUAUAAUGAUUUUCAACAACCACAAUCCCAUGAAGCUAUGCUACAGCACCAUCAGAAUCAGGGCCAUCCGCAAGUUAUUCAAGCCAAAGUAGUGCCAUCUAUGAACCAGAGGACACAUAAUUAUCGGCAGGCAGUGAUUUUUCCGUCGCAUAAUAAAAAUGGACCAGGCCCUUCGCCUCAGCCUCUAUCCCAUGAAAGCCAUCACAUGGAUCAGAUUCAUGAUCAACAAUACCAUCCUCACGACCAUCAGCGGCCCCAAUCACAACAGAUGUAUGUACCAGAAACACCAUAUCAGACGCAGGAAGGAGGGGCGACGCUAGGUGACGUUAUUCGGCAGAGGCACGGAAGGUAUCAGGGACCCCAGGAUGCUCCACAUCUACGUCAACAAUUGAUCAGUAAUGUGAAUGCGUCUACGAAUAAACAGAUGCUUCAAAGAAGUCAGGCUCCGACACCUUCACCUGGUAACUUUCACAACAACAACAUGCAUCAACCUCCGUAUGGGGAAUCGUAUCAACCUCAUGGAAGUUACCCAGCUAGUCAUGAUAUGCAGCCCCAUUCUCACUCACAUCACGGGUAUGAUUCUCAGCUUGAAGCGUCCAACGACUUCUAUGACGACCCCAUCUCCCAACAGCAAAAUGAAAAUUCAACUAUGUUGGUGCAUCCCGAUUCUCAACAACGUCAACAGUAUGAACAACGGGAGAUGUACAUUGUGAUGGGUAACCAGGAGCAAUUGGUAGAACCAGAUCCCGACUCAGUUCCGGUUGUAGAAUCUCCACCACCAGAAGCGUCACUCAUAUUGUCAAAAGAAGAACUGUUGGAAAAACUAACAGAAAGGCAAGAUGUUCGAGAGGAAGCGAUGAAAAAUAUGUUGGACGAGCAAAUGAAAUGUUUGAAUGAUCCUGAUGUAACACCGUUCAGAGGGAAAACUGACAUUUUCGAAAGAUUGCUUCCGUAUCAUCACUUUUCUGUUGGUGAAGAGCCAGUAUCUGAUUGUAAGUUUUAUUUUCUAAGACGAAUUGAAAAUACCUCCAAUUUUUCAGUCGAUUCAAUGUAUGAGAAAACUAUUACGAAUACUUUUUCUCAAGCAGAUGCUCUCGGCAGAAAGGUUCGAAACGCUCUUUUACGUAAUGAGGCGAAAAGAGGUACGGAAUGGGAAGAAAACUUGUAUUUGUUUCUUGACACUGAGUCGGAACGUCGAAAGCUGGAAGAAGAUCGUCGAUUGGCGGAGCUGGACCCUUAUACAUUCGUGCAGAACAGCGAUAUAGUUCAAGCAGUGAAAAGUAAUCGGCUGGAUAUUGAGUUGUCGAUACGAUCAGCGCCGCAGAUGCCAGAACAUUUGAAAGGGCAAGAAUUGGAAGAUGGCGCGCUCACGGCUGUGUACAAAGAAUAUGAAUUCGAUUCUUACGAUGAAAAUCGUCCUCGCAGCUCUCCGUUCGUUGGUGAACUAGAAUUGGAAGAUGAUACAGGAGUAGAACCAGAAACGGAAGAUGAGACAGGAAUAGAACCAGAAUUAGAAGAGCAGGAAGGCGAAGCAUCUCCUGAGCAAUCACCUAACGACCAAAUCGCUCAAUUUUUCCCUAUUCCAUCUCCGAAUCGAUUCAGAGAUGAGAGUCAAAGCCCAUUGGAUUGGAGAGAUGAUCACGAAUCACCAAUGCUUUCUCCAGAGACGGUCCAAUUUCCGACAACGUCUAGCAGAGGUAUUGAAAAAGUGGAUGUUUUUCCAUAUGGACAAUUACCUGAAACGGCUCGGAAAGAUCUUCAACCACAUACUUCUGAAUCUCUAGGAUCGAGUGAUCAGUCAAGUUCGUCGGAAGGAACCCCGGAAGUUUCUCAGUCGCAUGACGUCCGCACACCACCACCGCCAGUACCUUCUACAAGUUCAAAGCCUGAAACAUCAUCGUCCGAGUGUAUACCUAUUACUUCGACUUCUUCGAUCACCCCCGUUGCGUCACGAAGCCGGCGUCCAGAUAGUGAUGAAGGUUCCCCUGAAAUAGACGAUGAUUUUUCAAUGUCUCCAGUUGAGAAGCGCAUUCCAGUUGAAGAUAUUCCUCCAAUACCACUUCCUGUUCCCGUUCACAUGAUCAAGCAAGAAAAAGAGGAUACCAUUCCAAAGCUCAAAUUACGAGUUUCUGUGGCAGUACUCCAAAAAGGAAUCGAAAUGGCUGCGAGUGAAGAUGACGAUGACAUCCAAGAGAUAAAGCGAAAACCAAUUAAGGUAAAAUUGAGCUUGAGAGAUAUCAAGAGGGAAGAGCCGUCGCCCGAUCGGGAAGUGUCGAGAAAUGUGAAUCCAGCUAGACCGGCGCCGACAACGAAGUCAACGAUUCCUGUAGAAUCUGCCCCGCAAGAUACAUCAACACCUACCCAGAAGCCUCUCUUCAAAACUCCUCUUCCAACUCCAUUGAAAACAACGGAGUCGAGAAAAAGAAAACGAAGUGAUAAAAUUGAAGGAACGCCAAAAGAGAAGAAAUCAGAUCAAGCUCCAAGCAAUUUUGUAACUCCGAAAAAUGGAUUGAUUCCUGAACAAGAUGUGGGAACAGAAAGGUUUUUGAAAACUAUGACUGUUGGUCGAAGGAUCAUAAUGAAGAUCGGCAAAAUUCCGAACAACAUCAAUCAUUUCGUCACACCAAGAAGAGACGGCAAAGGAAACAUGCACAAGGAUAUCAGAGCUACAGAACACACUCGUUUGAAGAUGAGGUUAUACAAGAAGAAUGGUCAACUGGCUGUCGAAGUCACUGAACGUAAUCCCGAAGAAUUGAAAAAGAAAGACGAUGAACCUUCAACAUCAGGAGGUCCCAGCGGCAGCGGUUCUAUAGUGCCUACUCCAACAAUUCCAACUACCGCUGUGAAAGCAAGACCCGCCCCAGCCUCGCGAAAGGGAUCGAUUGACAUCGCUGGGAAAGACAAAAAAUCGAGUACCAUCAAAAGCAAAAACACCUUCAGUAAUCGUUUCAAUCCGUUCGCUACGGCCUCGAAGCCCAAACCCCUCACGAUUUCCGUUCCAACGCCUGCUCCGUCGGUUAGUGGAGUUAUGAAAUUCAACACACCAGCUGGCUCAUCAUCUUCUGUUGUCCCUUCAUCAGCAAAACCAUCAGCUGCUUCUGUAGCCCCCACGACGAAUGUUCAAACAACGGUUCGACAGCAACAACCUGUCUCCUCAAUUCAGAAUUUGAUAAAAACAACUCCGAUCGUUCCAAAUAUUACUGUUACAAAUUCUAACACCUGCGGAGAUCUUCCGAAGCCGAAGCCACCAGUUGAAACGACGAUGAACUCUCUGCUACCGUGGAUGUUCGAUAGAGUUGAAACUGUUGAGAAACCAAAGAUCGUCAAAACGCCUCAGCCGACUUCGUCAUCAGUUCCAUCGAGUGCUUCAACAAAAGAUCUUCUUCAUGUGAGAACUGAACCAGUAGAAGGCGUUGCUGUGACAGCACAGGAGUCUCCUCGCGCAUCUUCAUCUCUAUCCAUGUCGUUUUUCGAAGAUGACAAGUCGAAUGGCUACCAUUUUCUAAAUUCACCAAAGCGGACGAGUGAGCCAUUGCCAGCUAUUUCGUUUUCCGACGAUGAUGACGAUGAUGUUCAUAACACUUUCCAACACGCCACGGAUCACAUGAAAAGCAAACUGAAAAAACCGGUCAACGGAGCCGCGCCUAUUCUUCCCUGGUCAACUGAUCCCUAA